AUGCUGACUCUGUACCUGGGUCUCUGGAGCCGGUCAGUGAGUGGUCAGCAUUACCUCCAGCUCCGGCCCGCGGCCACUCAGCACCCGCCGCUCUUGGAGCUGUGGGAGCGGCCGGACCCCGAGCUGGACCCCAAGGACAGUGACCUGGACGAGGUGACCCUGCGGCUGAAGCUGGCGAGAGACUUGGACCCGGACUUUAUGUCUCCGCGGUUCCCGGGGCCGGAGCCAGUGCCCAGGUGGGACCGGGAGCGACACUGCCGCUGGAUCCCGGUGCGAUAUCUCAUCAUCUCCGCCUGUAGCUGCUCCUCUUAA